AUGUCGCCUUCCUUUCUCCUUCCAACCGCUCGUCCUCGACACUAUCAGCGAGCUAUAUCGGAAGUAAUAAACAGGAUUGAAAAAUGUCGUUUAGAGACCCGUCACAUUUCUUUUGCUGGUGACAGUAAAGGUGUCUCGACGGUUGAUGAAUGUCUUGAAGUUGCUGGUGCGGAAGCUUUCGAUCAAUUUGAGAAGCGCGUGCAGAACUUAGAUAAAGGCCUCAGGAAUCUUGCGAACGCUGCUGGUCAACUCGGAAGUUCUGUCGGAAUAUUAUCUUCCGCCUUCCGAUUGCGUGAGCAAUUAGCCAGAAUCUUGUUCCUGUUUCGAGAAAAUGCAGCAUAUCUAUUCCCUCGGAGAGUUCAACGUCGAGCUAGGGAAACUCAUGUCAACCCAAAUUUGAUGAACCGUCGGAAGACACCUUAUUCCCCGCCACUAGCUGCCAAGUUGGUUAUAGAGGAAAAGAUAGAUCCUGAAAUAUUUCCAAAAUACUUCGAGGAUUUUGCCAUAGAGACUGAAACGUUCACGAAGUGCUUGAACGAUUUUUCUGAAUUCGUUGACGAGGAUGUCAACGCAUCAAUACGAUCAUUCCAAGGCGAUCUCAAUUAUUGGGCAUCAUGUCUUAAAGAGUACGAAACUCAGUUUCGCUUUCCUGCCGUGCGAAGGUACAUACAUGAUCUCACGCCAGAGAUAGGUGAUCAUAUGGACAGUGUUGCUGCUUCGCUAUCGUUGUUCAUUGAAAUCGGCAUCCCUAUAAUUACGUUUACGCAACAUCAUGCUACUGAGAAUCUGUUGAACCUAUCUACAGUGGCAACUUUCUUUUCAGCUGUGACAGCUAUGACCCUGCAAUUUUCUUAUGGCUCUACGGACAGUAUUUUGGCCGAAUCCGUCAAUGCCUUUUGGUUCUCCUCGCUUGUUUUCAGUAUCGCUGCUGCAGUCAAUGGUCUUCUUGGUCUGACUUGGAAACAAGCAAUGUAUCGUUCGCCUGGUCACCGUGUCCCUUGGUGGGUUCUAAUUUGGAUUGAACGUUUGCCCCUGGUUUUCCUCGUUGUUUCUGUGGCUUGUUUUUCCACCGGACUCCUCCUUUUUGCAUAUUCGAGUAAUCAAGGCCGGGUUACAAGCCUGAUAACUACGUUUUUUAUUGCUAUGACUUCUCUAGGUCUUGCCACUGUUUCUGCCUGGUUUGUGUCUGAACGAUGGACGUUUAGGCGACAUGGAGGUCGCAUAUGGUUAAAGGAUAUAAUUAUUGGCGAGGCCGACCGGGUCUUGCGAUUAGGUGCGUUGAUGAAGGCGAAAGACGCUCUUCUUCGGAGCUGUAUUCGUGUAACUGCUGCACGCAGCUAUCUAAGACAACUAUCUUUACGGGUGGCAGAUUUUCUAUUUUAUGGGAAUGGGGCAAGCGAUGAUAACAUUGAGCUCCAAUAUACGCGCCCGACGUCACUUUUGACUAGAAAUCAGUCUUCGAGUACAACGACUACGGAGCAGCAACUCUUCCAUGGCUGUGACACCAUCGAAGAGUCUGAGGCUCCAAGCGGUCCUGUCCAGGCUAAACAACGUCUCAUCAAUGCUGUUCAUGCCGUUAUCAUGUUACAAUCGAGUUCUUCGGCCAAACUUCGUAUGCGUCGCAAUCGACCAAUACCAUCACUACCCGAUACACAACCUGGAUCACUAACUCCAAACCCUAGUAAAGAUCCGCUGGCAUUCCGUUUUCCCAAAGUAACAACAUCCAGGUUGAAGACCGUAGAAGUAGCCCACGAACUUUCUGCCCAUCAAGCUCUCGUUCGGCAUUCACAGUUCUCGCCCGAUGGGCGGUAUCUGGCGACCUCUAGCUGGGACAAAACGGCGGUUAUAUUUCGAGUAGGGGAUCCAUUCACCUCCCAUCAAAUUUUAAUGCAUGAUAAGGGUCUCAUAGGUCAGGUUGCCUGGUCUCCAGAAGGCGAUCUACUCAUGACGAAACUGAAACGCGGUAUCAAAAUUUGGAAUAUGGAUGGUCAAUGCCAAAAGACAAUAGGUCGACCACGUACUGUUCAGUCAAUUACAUGGCUCCCCAAGGGGGAUGCUAUUAUAUCGGCCGAGGUUAACGAAAAAGUGAAGAAGGAUACAGAUGGGAGAGUGAAUGAUACUCAUGUAGAGGGCAGUAUAAUUGUGAAAUUGGACCGUCGCGGCGUGGAACUGGCACACUAUGCGUUCGAUCGCAUUAACUUCAACAGUGUUGCCGUGACGCCAGAUUCUUGUCGAAUUAUUGGUGCUGGGCCUUUGUUAACCUCGCCGACGGGGAUACAACCCAGGCAAUCUAAGGCGGAGAAGCAAAUUAUUGGCACACAAUGCGAAAAUCGAACGCCUGUAUUCAAUGACGUUCGAGACAUAACGAUCUCUCGGAAAGGCACUGUAGCCUUACUUUCCUAUGGGCACAAAUUGCCUCCGGAGCUAUGGAAAUUAGAACUGGUCCGAGGUCGUGACAAUAAAGUCCUUCAGAUUCUCAGGCCUAGCCUUCAGCAUACGUAUAUGCCUGUCAGGAACGUAAUUAAUUUUGUAGGGCCAAGUUCUUUUGGAGGCCUGGAUGACCAGUUGGUGUUCUGCGCCGGAAAAGCUGGAGAUAUACACAUUUGGGACCGGGACACUGCGGCACUUCUUCACCAUAUUCAACCGAGAGGACCUGUUGGAGACCUGACUUGUAUCGCUUGGAAUACUUCUAUCGACAUGCCGAUUAUGUUUGCAACUGGAAGCCAUGAUGGCGCUGUCAGAGUCUGGACGAGCACAGACGAAGACAUGGAAAGUAGUUAUGCGGGUAUGUCGACAGGAUCACCGGUUUCCAGACGCCAAAGUCGCACCAAACCCACGAGUCCCCUAGCUGUGGCACAACCCAGAGAUAGGAUGUCUCAGGUCGAAAUCACAGUAUCCUAA